GAAAGGUACCGUUAAAGCAUGGCUGAGCUGGUUACUACACCGCUCUACAGGCGGAAUGGAAUUGUUUUCAAUGAAGAAAACUUGACUGCGAUCGGACAAACAGAGCAGACGGAUAUUUCGGAGGAACGUAGGACAGUUGACCUUGAAGUCGUCGACGAGAUGAACGAGGAAGAAAUGAUGAUUGGACAACAACAUACACUCAUGUGGAAUGAAGAUAAGUGUCUGGAACUUGCACCGGCACAAAAUCAGAAACCGCUUUUCAUUAUCCAUGAUGAGUUUGCUGAGGAGCUGUCUUUCUCCGAUAUUUAUCUUGGUCAUCCGAGAUGCUUCAACCGUGAAGUCCAUGUGACAGCGUUCAUGAUGGCUACUAGCGAGGUGCGACGUCGGGAUCGGCGGGAUUGAACGUCGGGAUCGGCAGGAUUGAACAAUACCUUUAAAUGCAUGGGCACGGCCAACAUAACAAGGGCGCAGUUGCAAGAUCGGGAAUUUUUGGAAAGCUGUAUUGAGCGUAACCUCUCUUUUCUGAAAUCUAUUCCGAACUCCGUUCAAUAUUGGCAGCAAAGAAAACGGGAUGUUUUCGCCAUGAUCCGGCAGCUGGGGAAACCCACGAUGUUUUUGACGAUGAGUGCAAAUGAAAUUAGAUGGCCUCACCUACUAAGCAUUCUGCGGAAGCUUUCUGGUGGCUCUAACAUUGCGGAAAUGGACGAUAUUGUGCAACAGUUGUCUGCACUCCAGCGUGCUACACUUGUCAGCGAAGAUCCUGUCACGUGCUGUGCAUAUUUUCACAAGUUGGUAAACAUCUUUCUGCGCCUUCUGUCAUCGACCAGGUUGAGCCCGUUCGGCAAAUACCACGUUGUAGAUUAUUUUAAGAGGAUCGAGUUCCAGCAUCGUGGCAGCCCGCAUGCACAUAUUCUGCUCUGGCUGGCGAACGAUCCCCGUGAGGAUGUUUCCGAAAGAAUGCCCGCUACUGUUGAGUUGAUCGAUUUUCUGUGCUCCAUCAGAUCGGAAGAUCUGCCUGAGACCUAUGGCAAUCAGGUGGGUUUAAAUUUCGCAUAGUUUCUAGCAAGUAAUCACUCACAAUGUCAAACCCUUUUAGGUUCAUAAACACACGUUUACGUGUUUCAAGCGAAACGAUAAACGUUGCCGGUUUAAUAUUCCGUACUGGCCAAUGGAUCAAACCAGAAUUCUGAUCCCUAUUACAGCCGGGGAUGGCCGACUUCAACAGCUAAACAGAAAGGCAGCGAAAAUGCGGGAAUCUCUUGAAACGAAGGUCUACGAUAGCCUUGACGCGUUUCUCGUUGAUAGCAGUUGCACGUACGAUUACUACUUGGACGUGAUUCGCUCUUCCAUUCGCCGACCAACAGUUCUGCUGAAACGUUCCAUGACGCAGCUUUGGACCAAUCCAUUCAAUCCUUGGAUCGCUGAGAAGCUCAAAUCCAAUAUGGAUUUGCAGUUUGUGCUGGAGGAGUUUUCAUGUGCUGCUUAUGUUGUGGAAUACGUAAACAAGACCAACAGAGGCAUAAGUAGUUUACAUCGUGACCUCAUAAAGCUCCAGGAAGAGCAUCCAGACCAGGACUACAAUGGAUUGUUGAAGAAGGUCAGCAUAAAAAUGUUAAAUUCCGUGGAAAUGUCUGCCCAGGAGGCUGCUUGGUAUUUGCUUCGGCAACCGAUGUCAGAAGCCAGCCGCAAGGUUGAGUUUAUUGCGACAAUGUGGCCACAAGAGCGAAUAAAAUCCAAGAAGCGGAACAAACAGAUGGACGAAGAGGAUCUCGACGACAAUUCCACCGAUGUGUGGACGCUAAACAUCAUCCAACGGUAUGAACUGCGCCGAGGAAUGGAUGAUAUCUGCUUGGCGGAUUUCGCAGCAUAUUAUUCGGAAGAAAGAUCCACGAAGCAUUCAUAUAGACUCCGUUUAGUUCCCCGUGUAUUGCGUUGGUGCUCAUACAGUAUGGCGGAAAUGGUCGACUAUAAGCGUGAGAUGGUUCUCCUCUUCCUACCGUUCAGGAAUGAAGUCUGCGAUGUACUUGAUCGGAACAAGUUCCUGAAGUUGUAUGAAGACAACGAGGCCGCCAUUUUGGCAAAGCACAAGGAGUAUGACUGCGAAAUGAACUUGGAUCAGGUUGUGGAGGAAUACAUCCGCAUAUGCAGCGAAGACGAUGAUUGCCGACCAGAAGCGCGAUGAGUUCGUCCGCACGAUCGUCAUGGAGCCGAAUGAUGACGAUAUUCACAACUUGCCAACAGGACCCUUGGCAGCUGUCGUCAAACAGCGAUCAAAUGUCUUGUCAAAGCAAGAAUAUUGUGAAAUGGUGCGUGCCACGAAUGCAGAGCAGCGGGAUUUGAUUGUGCAAGUAAUCCACAGCUUGCAUUCCUCUGAAGAAAACUGCAAACCAGUGCAAAUAUUCUUCACUGGCCCGGCGGGCUGUGGCAAAACGUUCACUUUGCGCAUUCUAAUGGAGACAGUGAACCGGUACAGCCAAGCUCAUAAUAAGCAACACAACGCUUAUGUAGCAUGCGCAUCCACUGGAAAAGCAGCGGUUGCAAUAGGUGGAACAACAGUGCAUUCCGCAUUCCGGAUUUGCAUGUCGCGUAGGCAAAGCUCAAAGCUGAGUUUCGAGGCAUUACAACUGUACCGGAACGCCUUCGCCAACGUGAAGCUCAUCAUUAUCGACGAAACAAGCAUGCUGGGUGCUGAUGUCCUCAACACAGUACAUGUCCGGCUUCAAGAAAUCACGGGGAACUACGACGAUCCAUUCGGUGGAAUGCCGAUCGUAUUUUGCGGCGAUCUUCGUCAAUUGCCACCGGUCAAUGCACGGGCGGUGUUUAAACCGAGCAUAAACUCCAUGCAUGGCGCCGUUUUAUGGCAAUCUCUCGACUUCUACCCAUUGGUUCAAGUUAUGCGACAAACCAACGAGCAGUUCUCCAGCAUUCUCACAAAAAUUGGCAACGGUGAGCGGAUGUCGUCUGAGGAAAUCGAGCUUAUUGAAAGCAGGUUCCGUACGGAGGAGUGGUGUCGGCAGCAUGUCCCUCGAGGGAUCCGGUUAUUCCAUCGGAACGCUGAUGUCGAACGGUAUAACUCUGUGGCGUUGAUGGAUCGAGAGGCUGUCGAAUGUACUGCAGAUGACCUAUACUCUGGUUAUAAGGACAAUUCCCAGCUGGCCAGUGCUCGCACAAAGGUGCAUAAGAUGAGUGUAGUAGAGACUGGUGGCUUACCGUAUCUGUUGCGUCUUGUUCUUGGUACACCUUAUAUGCUGACCACCAACGUGGAUGUCGAAGAUGGCAUCGUGAACGGAGCGAUCGGAGAGCUCAUGCAUGUUGAGUACAACGAAGGAAACUCGCAGCAACAGGCAAUCACGAGGCUUUGGAUGGCAUUCGAAAAUGAGUCCAUUGGGAAGAUGUUGAGAGUGAAGGCCAGACCGCUGGUGUAUUCGAGACCUGGGGUGCUACAAACAGGCUGGACUCCAAUCGUCAAACGAUCGGCGAACGUAACCCUUAACGGUGGUGUUAAGUGCAAAGAGUUCAGUUUCCCGUUGUAAGUGCGUGUGCCCUCACAGUCCAUAAGUCCCAGGGAGGCACAUUCUCGGAAGUCGUAUAUAAUUACGAUAAGGGUCAGGAACAGCAGCUAGUUUACGUUGGUCUUUCCAGGGUUACAUCAAUCGACGGAUUGUAUCUGACG